CUGUGGACAUGCUGCAGAGUUUCUACCUGAACCAAACAUCCAGUGGACUGACCUACGCCGGCCUCAGUCUGUUCAACCCGUACAAACACUUCGGACAGUCCACUCUGUGGCCUCGGGGAUUCCCCUUAGCGGCCGUCGGGAGCCCACAGGAGGCUGUCUACAGGCUUAGCGACGACUGGGACACGCCUCUCAUUCAGCAGGGCGUGGUCAAUGGGGACCCAGACAUGGACGCCAUCUUCCGACUGACCCGCAAAAGAACGACAACCCCGCUGGACGUGCACUUUGACCCCAAAGCUCCACCCGUCUUCCUCCCAGAGGGUGUGUUCAGUCCGUUCAACUCUCAAAACACGCUCUUCCACUACAGCGCCAUGUGGGCGCUCCUUCUGCCCACCACCACCACAUUCAGGAUGUGCGACAUCUGGCGAGGCUACUGGGCGCAGCGUCUGCUUUGGGAGAUCGGCGGUCACCUCGGAUUUUUCCCGCCGAACGCCUACCAGACCAGGAACUCUCACUCGUACAUGGCCGACGCCGAAGACGAAAAGGACAUGUACUUCGACACCGAUCGCCUUCUGGAUUUCCUAACUUCCUGGAAGUGCCCGCACGAGCUGAGUUUCUUCCAGUGUGUGCACAAACUUAGCUCCGACAUGGCCAAAGAUUCUUUCUGGGCCGAAGAAGAUGUGGAGAUAACUCGUUUGUGGCUGGAGGAUUUGAUAAAAUCUGGCUACCCCGAGCCCUCGCGAGUUAACGUGACCAGCGCGUUUUCUCAACUGUCGCCAGUGGAGCAGAAGAUCGUGAAGAAAAUGAGCCGUGCGAUACCACGUCAUAACACCCAGGCAGCCGAGGAGAACCAACCGUCAGAACUAGAUCUGAAGUGGGCCGUGACAACCAGACGUGGGAGCUACGUCUAUUUCGUGGCGGUUGAGCAGGAACCUCCUUCCGUACUCACCUCACCGGAGAGGCAACAGGACCGAGAAGGAAGAGUGAGCCGGCACCUAUCUCAAGUGGCCGCGCUAUGCACAGCGAUCCCGGCAUUCACCACGAGAACUGACCUCAUCAACUCGCACAAAACCAGCGCGUUCCACGACGUGCUUCUCAUCGUGACCUUCAACUGGCCGUUUUACGAAAACGUCCGCUACAUCGAGAUCAUGCAUCGGAACCUCUUCCCCAACAUUGUCUACUGCGGCGUUCAGGCUGAAAAGUUCGCCCGAGACACGAAAGAUAUCGGCCGAGAGCUGUCCUUCAUAGAAGCGCCGAUCGUUUACGGUCAUCGAGGUUAUCGCUGCACGAUCAACGCUAUCCAGAUGGCGUACAAUGUCACGGGAUAUCUAGCAGUCGGAGAUGACGUCAUACUCAACACUUGGAAGUUCCGAGACUUAGACAAACAAAAACUGUGGAUGACUAAACCCUCGAUUUUCAGUUGUCAAACCGGAACGAACUGGUAUUGGUGGGACCGCCCUGGGGGUAAGACAGAGUUAACGAACGCGAUGGCGUCACUCAGAAGUAAAUCCGAGACUGCUGCUACUGCUACAGGCGAGCCUGAUAUACGCGCGUUCUUUUCUCAGCUGCAGACCAACACAGGCCCGAACAACGGCUGUCUUCACGGGCUGAGCGAUGUGUACUUCAUACCCCGCCACCUGUCGUCACGAGUGACGUUCUACCUCAAACACUUCGCCGCGCACAACAUCAUGCUGGAGCUGGCCGUUCCGAUGACUUUACAGGGCAUGCAGUCCAGGGAAAACAUAAUCAUCCUUCCGUCUACGAACCUAUGGCUUCAAAACCGCUUGAAUCCGUGGAUACAUUACUCUCCAGACAUCUAUCUUCUACACCCAGUCAAGUUUUCCAACCUGACAAAUCUGGCACCCCUGUGUAGUCUCCACCUCACCCAGCUGUUACUUCGCUCCUACAUCUAGCCAGUUGACUACUCCACAACUCACUACACAUCAGACUGUGAAUACAUAAUAAUAUUAUACGAACGAAACUGUCCUAGACGGCUACCUAGCUAUCAUCAAGGGGAAAAGUGGUUGUCAUAGACAGUGGGCGUUUUGGACAGUGUCAGUAUAAUCUAUACAUAUUAUAUUUGUGAAAGUUCGUCACUUUGGCCGCCUAAA